AUGACAUCGGCUACAUUUACAAAUACAGAUGAUAAUUAUUAUGAAUUAGGACAAGAAUUUAAGAAACUUGCUUUACUUGUACCAACAAUACCUAAAGAUGAAUGUCUUUCUGAACUUGAAUUGAUUGAAUUUGUUAUUGCUUAUAUUCGACAAUUACAACAACUUCUUUCACAUGAUCAAUGGAGUGAAUGUUUAAAUAAAUUAGCAUCAUCAAUGAAAAAUUCUCUUCUAUCAUCAACAACAACACCACCAUCUUCUCCACAUACAGCAAAUCUUUUAAAUCAAUUAAUACUUGAAUCUCCACGAACACAAACAAAUGAAAAUUCACCGACGAUUCGUCGAAGUCCAUUGGCAACUAUUAAUCUAGACAAUACUCGAUUAUCAUGA